CCUGUUGAAAUCGUCGAACAAACGGCGCCUGGCAAUGAGAGUCUGUCAAUGCCGACAAUCAAUCUUAGCCGGGACGAACUAAUAGAGCUUCUGAUGUUGGAGCGUGACAAAGAAAAUGAUACCGCUCUGGCGUACCUACUGCAACAAGAAACCAUCCCAGAAAGCAGUUGUUCGAGUGAAAAAACCCAUAACCGACCAAUAGAAACCAAAGAUCCCGGGCCAGUGUCAGAAACGGUUUUACCAAUGACCAUCCAACCAGCGUUAGCUGAAACGAGCAACUUGUCUCCGGUGGCUUCAUCUUCCAUUAACACUGCUGGUCCCAUGGAGCAACCGGCUUCUUCUACCUGCCAACAAUCACGACCAGCGAGCGAUGUCGCGCAGCAAACUGGGAUCAAAGAGAUUGUGGCAGCUCGCAUUUUGGGUUCCAUGGCUAAGGGUGGCUUUCGAUCCGGGCCACCAAACGACACUCCACCAGGGAACCCGAUUGUAAAGGACACCGCCUCCGGUGGGACGCGAUCUUCGUCCAGUCGCAAGCGAUCUCAUAUACGCAUCCUUGACUUUGGCACCCCGGCCUUGAAACGAUCCAAUACUAAACCGAACCCUGGCGGUAAUACAGAAGAACGCAACGUGGAGGCAGGCUCUACUUCACGCCAGCUGUUUGCAAAGCAAGGCACACCCAGUUACGGUGGCGAUAGUAAUGAGCCCGAUGUACAGAUCGCAGCAACCUUUGCAAUGCCUGCAACUAGUACCAACGCGACGAUGGUACCACCCGGACAAACUACACAUGUGGGGAACUCGCAGCGGGUACAAAACAUGAACCCAAUACCACAUUUGCGUCAAGUGGAAGACAGGUUACACGGCCAGAUAAACGUAAACCCUGGUUUGGUCGUUUCGCAAACGGCUUCUUCAUCGUCUGGGAAAACGGUUUUCACCUCCAACGAAAUCCAAACACAGCUAGUUGGCCUUGACGAGGUGAAAAGUAGUUCCUCAGAAAAACCACUGGACGUACGGCUUCUUUCAGCUCCCACGUCGGAAGCUCCGAAAGUAACUAACAACGGAAACUCGAUGAGAGAAAAAACAUUCGACCCAAAACAGCAUCGUGUGAUUUCCACGGCAGAAAAAAAAUCACGUCUCAUCGAAAGAACUCACAGUGGUACAAAUUUGCGGACAGGCGUUUGUCUGCCCAGUAGCCAACCAAUCCCUUCUCCUUCGAAACCGAAGCAGAGUAGUGUUAGGAAAUCAACGCAUCUUAGAGAAAAAACUACAACACGGGAUGUAGUGCAUACUAAACAUACAAAUGCUACUUUACCCCGGAUGGUGACACGCUCCUCGUCGAUGAGAAUGGUAGAAGGUGAUGGCAAUCUUAGUGUAAAUCAAAUUACUACUAAAAUUUCAAAGCUACCCACCAAAGACAACCUUCCAAAUAUACUUGUGCCGCAGCAAGCGACCAUGAGACGCUACGAAAGCACCUCCAGUUUGAUGGCUGGCGAAAUUAGCGCUCUGCACACGGAACCACCCGAGACUCCGUUCAAAUUUGACCCACUGAACGACUACCCGAUGACACCGCGUUUCCUCACCGAUCCGUUUCUGUCGGUGAGCAAACUGGACGCAUCGGCCUUUAGUGCUGUCCCUUUGCGCGAUCAACCAUCGGCUGGGCGUAGCAGUGUAGUUGCCUCCCUAUCGGAGACGAAUGACAUUAAUACUCCCGGCUAUCCGAUAACGCCCGGUGCGCUCGAUACUCCAAAGACACAACAGAGCCCAACCAGCGCCGCCGUCUGCUACUACCGACCGGAUGAGGGCAAUGCAAUGCAACCACCGAACGAGACGCUCCCAGCGGAAGAUCCCGUCAUCCAAGAGCGCCCGGACCCAGGAUCUUCAGUCAUCACCGCAUGCACGGGCAAAGAUCCCGACAAGAUGGAGAUCGUAAGUGGCGAUCUGAUGUUUGUGAUCUCUUCAACGCCGCUGAUGGAACUGUUCGAACAAGAACCAAGCUCCGCUUCGUAGGUUACUUACCAGCACGUACACCGCCGGAACACCGUAUCCCAUCAGGUAGUGAUACUUCAGCUUCGGGGCGCACUCGUUCGCGAUCAGAUCGUAGAUCACGUAGAUGUAGAUCAAACACCAGAUGCUGGUGCUCAGGUGCAGAUAGUGCAGCAAUAGCGCGAUCAGCUCGCAUUUGAUCACGUUCCGGGUGGCCUGGACACCCAAAAUGAACGACAAAUUGGCGGCAAUCAGCGUCAGCAGCAGAUUCAGACAGAUCGGAUAGAACGCAUUAAAGUGCCGCAGGCGUCGGUUCUUCAGGAACAGUAUCAUCGUAGUCAGUAUUUGCGGGGCCAGCGCAAAGACGGCACCGAUCACAAUCACGUUGCCGCCCAGAUCCUUGCGCAGGUUCCCAUUAGUGCCGUAGUAGAUGUACAUAAUAUUGUCGAUAAAGUCGUGCCCCUUCAUGUCGUUGUUCAGAUUGUCGAACGAGCUCUCGUCCUCGGCCGCGGUGGUGUGUGCCUGGGGAGGUUUGCGCAACGAUUUCGAGGAAUCUGUUCGAAGGGAGUAAGAAAUUAUUGUCCAGAAUGUAAAAAACACACACACGAUAAACUGCCAGUAACCCACCAUUUGGGUUGAGAAAACUUACAAACUUUUAUCACAUUUUCCUCGCCCGGGUACCGGUUAC